UUGAGAAUAUAAAGAGAGAAAGAGAGAAACAAACGGAGACGAUGAUAUCUAAAAGCCUGAUUUGAACAUACAGAUCUAUUCUCCACAUAUACCCUUUGUAGCUGGAAUAUUAGUAGUGCAAGUGACACAAUAUCAUCAACCAGCGCUCUUGUAAUCAUCGAUAACUACUUUGUCCAGUUUUUUCUUAUAUCUGCGUAGAAAACAAAAUUUUAAUUUUAUAUAAAUAUAUCGCGGUUGUUGAGCUACAAACCAGAUCAUUCGUUCACUGGCGUCUUGAUUUGCUGUUGGAAAACAUCGAGAUUGACCAAUGGAGAUGAACUUGGUAAAACCUGAAGCAGGCAGUGGAAGCAGGAGCUUGUGCAAUGUGGAAACUGAUAUUUCGAUGACCAAGUGUGUCAAAAGACGUCGAAGAUCUCCUUCACUGGCUCAAGGCGUUGAGCCACAGCAGAGUAAGCCUCCAGGGCUACCGCUAGCUGAUCCACCUGCAGCUACUACUACUACUACUGUCAAGAGAAGUUCAAGAUUUCGCGGUGUCAGCAGACAUAGGUGGACCGGACGAUACGAAGCUCAUUUGUGGGACAAAGGGUCAUGGAAUGUAACACAGAGAAAGAAGGGAAAACAAGUCUACCUUGGGGCUUAUGAUGAAGAAGAAUCUGCAGCAAGAUCUUAUGACUUGGCUGCCAUCAAGUACUGGGGGACAUCAAUACUUACAAAUUUUCCGGUUUCAGAUUAUGAAAAAGAAAUUGAGAUCAUGGGAAGUUUAACAAAAGAGGAGUAUUUGGCCUCUCUAAGAAGGAGAAGCAGUGGUUUCUCCAGAGGUGUUUCCAAAUAUAGAGGAGUUGCAAGGCACCAUCACAAUGGUAGAUGGGAAGCACGAAUCGGAAGGGUGUUUGGAAACAAGUAUCUGUACCUUGGCACUUACAGUACUCAAGAAGAGGCAGCCCAUGCAUAUGAUAUUGCAGCAAUUGAGUACAGAGGAAUCAAUGCAGUCACAAAUUUCGACCUGAGCACCUACAUACGAUGGCUGAGAACUUCAGGUGCCAAUUCACUCACUUGUCAGGAUCCAAGAACCUCAUCCGAUUCUCAAGCAUUAACAGCAGCAUCCUCCUCUUCCUCCACACUUGAUCCUGUCAAGGAAUCUGAAUUUUCUUAUAAUUCCAAUUCCUUCACAUUUGGUAUGGAAAUUCCGCCUAAGCAAGAGUUGUUUGAAAGAAUAAUGCCAGUUGGUCCUAAUAAGUCAUCGCCUACUGCACUCAGCCUCCUGCUCAGGUCAUCGGUGUUUAAAGAACUCGUGGAGAAGAAUUCAAACGACGAAGCCCCCCCACAAGGGAAGGUGAUCAGAAACAAGUAUGAGUUACAUGAACAUGAAUUCGGAGGAAUUGUUAGUUACAGGGGAAUCGAGAAUUCGCCUUACGAAAUUCCCUUAAGUGGCUUGGAGGCCAAACAAGAAACUGCAUUGCCAUUGUUAACUACAACAGGGAAGACAAUGUGGAACUCAAUGCCACAUUGAACAAAUAUGCUCAUUUAUACACACAACUAACAAUUUAAGGUUGGAUUAGGAUUAUCAUCAGCAGACCAUCAAUAACAGGGUUUCGUGGAAAUAAGCAAAUCUAUACUAUCUAUACUAUACUAUAAUAAGCCAACAUGGGUAUAAUUUGUAGUCCAAAAUUUUAGUUAUAUUUUUUGGUUUGGUAC